GUUAACGCUGCACUGAUGUAAGCGGCAAGAAGUUCAGGGUUGGGGAAAGGAGCAGAGAUACGCUUGUAGAGUUUCCCACACCACUGUUAUGCCAUUAAGCUGUUUUUUUUUUCCUGUGGGCUUACAAGUAUGCAUGAGCAGAUGGGACUGAUGUGAUGAGUUCCUUAUUAGCCUCCAGCAGAGGCUGAUGAAAAAUGCUACACUUGUGAAUGGGGUUCAGCGUUCUUGAAAAACCAGGAAUAACGUUUGCCCUCCAUCCACGCUCUCCAGUUGCUACUGUGGCUGUUGCUGCUGCUCUUAUCCCAUGGGCAUUGAUGAGAUUUCUCCAGGUAUCUGUAAGAAAACAGAAGACGAAAAGAGGAGGAAAAACUUAGUUUCCAAACGGAUUUCAUAGACCAAGAACAUCCGUGUGCAAACUUUGAAGAUUCUUCAUUGCUGGGUAUCUACAACUUGGCUCUCCUGAAAGAGAUCAUGGAGUGUUGUGCACAUUUCUGGAGAUAUCCAAUCUUAUUUCUAACUUUUUACCUGGUGCUGAAGCCAAGUGAAUUGCAUGCUUUAAUCAGCUACAAGCCCAAUAUUGUCAUCUUAUUGGCUGAUGACCUUGGCAUUGGGGACCUAGGCUGCUAUGGAAACACUACAAUCAGGACUCCUAAUAUUGAUCGGUUAGCAAAAGAAGGAAUAAAACUUACUCAGCAUAUUGCUGCAGCUCCUGUAUGUACACCAAGCAGAACUGCUUUCUUAACUGGAAGAUACCCAGUCCGAUCAGGUAUGGUUCAAACAAUUGGUUAUCGUGUUCUUCAGUCACUUGCUGGUUCUGGGGGUCUCCCUCCAAAUGAGACCACAUUUGCCAAGAUAUUGAAGAAACAAGGUUACAGCACAGGUUUAAUAGGAAAGUGGCAUCAAGGUAUGAAUUGUGAAUACCGUAAUGACUACUGCCACCACCCCUUAAACCAUGGAUUUGAUUAUUUCUAUGGGAUGCCAUUUACACUAAUGAACGAUUGCCAAAUCUCGCAUUCCUCUGAGCUGGAUCUGCCCCUGCAGAAGAAACUCUGGCUUUACACUCAGAUGGUUACCCUUGCUCUGCUGACCUGCAUAGCAGCAAAACUAACUCAUCUGUUGCCUCUCAGUCAGAAAGCCAUCUUCUUCCUGGCUUUGUCUGACUUCUUCUUCUUCAUUUCCUGGUACUCAAGAUUUGGCUUUGCAAGAUACUGGGAGUGCAUCAUGAUGAGAAACUAUGACAUUAUCGAGCAGCCAAUGAAAGUAGAAAGAGCUGCGCCUCUUAUGCUAAGAGAGGCCAUUUCCUUUAUUGAAAGAAACAAGCAAGGUCCAUUCCUCCUCCUGGUUUCUUUCCUGCAUGUCCACACACCUCUGGUUACUACAGAAAAUUUCAUCGGCAAGAGCAAUCAUGGAUUAUAUGGUGACAAUGUAGAGGAGAUGGACUGGAUGGUGGGAAAAAUUUUGGAUACUCUUGAUAAGGAAAAUUUGAAAAACAGUACUCUGACAUAUUUUACUUCUGACCAUGGUGGACACUUAGAGAGUUGGGAAGGAAAUAUUCAACGAGGUGGUUGGAAUGGCAUAUACAAAGGUGGAAAAGCCAUGGGAGGUUGGGAAGGAGGAAUCCGUGUCCCAGGAUUAUUUAGAUGGACGGGAAUGCUGCCAGAGGGCAAAGUUAUUGCUGUACCAACAAGCUUAAUGGACAUCUUCUCCACAUUGGCUCACCUAGCUGGUGGAACAGUACCACAAGACAGGGUGAUUGAUGGCCAGAAUUUGAUGCCUUUGCUCCAGGGACUGGUUCAAUAUUCAGGGCAUGAAUUUAUGUUUCACUACUGUGGAACAUACUUACAUGCAGUGCGGUGGUACGAAAAAGAGAGUGGAAAUGUGUGGAAGGCCCAUUACAUGACCCCAGUUUUCCAACCUGAGGGAUCUGGAGCCUGUUAUACAAUUAAGUACUGUCCAUGUUCUGGGGAAGGUGUCAUCCAUCAUGAUCCUCCUCUUCUGUUUCAUCUCUCAGGAGACCCAUCAGAAGCCAUGCCAUUGUCAUCAGACAGUGAACCACAGUUCUACAUAAUUCUAGAGAGAAUAAACAAAGCUGUAGAAGAGCAUCGCAAAACUCUCACUCCUGUCCCACAACAGCUGUCUUUCUACAACACCAUCUGGAAACCAUGGCUCCAGCCAUGCUGUGGGUCAUUUCCAUUCUGUUACUGUGACAAAGAAAAGGACAAUAUAUAGAAUGGUUGACAUUUUUGAAGUUCUGUGUCUUUAUUGUGGUAUCAAGCCUAGAAAAAGAAACACUCUA